UAUGACUAAGCGGAGAUAGAUAUUUGUAUAAAAAAAGGUCUAUUAUAAAUUCAUUUUUGAGUAGAAUGAAUUCACUGAGAGGCAGUCAUAUUACGUGAUUAAAGUGAUAGGCUUGACGUGACUAAACUAUUAGCGAGCACAGGAUAUGUGCAGCUUCAAAUGAACAAAACCGAUGAUCUGAUUUUGCUUUAGAAUAGGUUAGUUUGAUAUUCAUUAACAUUUAAAGAAAGCUUGAUGAACCUAUGAUGGCAUUGUGUUUGAUCUUACUAGUGUACGUUUCCAUUUUGGCAGUAUGUUGCGUGCGAAUUUCACCGAGCCAUAUGGAUUCGCUAAUAUGGGAUGAGACCACUUCACACCACCAUGUUAAACGCAGUUUACGGGAGAACGAUAAUUCUAUUAGAGAUUGCAGCGAUCCAAACAAUAUAUAUCUACCCCCAACUACGGUAAUUACAUCAGCAAGAUUAUCUUCUCUACGACAAGAAAUGAGAAGUUCUGGAUAUAACGCAUACAUGGUACCAUCAGAAGAUGAGCAUUUGUCAGAAUACAUCGCACCGAAAUACAAACGAAGAGAAUGGAUUUCGGGAUUUUCUGGAUCGCAAGGUAUAGCCGUGAUCACAGAAACAGACGCAGCCUUGUGGGCUGAUGGGCGAUAUUAUAUACAAGCUGAAAGAGAAAUGGAUUGCAACUGGAAAUUAAUGCGCACAGGCGAUCCAGAAACUCCAACUAUACAAGCAUGGUUAGAACAAUCCCUUGAGAAUUCUUCAAUAGUCGCCGCAAAUCCGUUUGUACUUUCAAUAGGUCGGUGGCAGUUCUACGAACGCGAGUUCAGUAAGGCGGGAAUUGCCUUUAACCAAAGUAUACCGGAUCUUAUCGAUCGUAUAUGGACAGAUCGACCAGGACCGAUGGGAUCGGAAAUCAUUGUUUUUCCAAUUACAUAUGCCGGUAAACAGUGGAAGGAAAAAGUUACCGACGCAAGGAAGGCAAUGGAAGAAAAGAGCGCCAAUUACCUGUUACUAACACUCCUUGAUGAAAUAGCAUGGUUAUUCAAUUUACGAGGAACAGAUAUUCCAUACACACCUGUAUUUGAAUCAUAUGCACUAGUUGGACGAACUGAUGUGCGUUUAUACGUUAACCUAUCACUCGCAGAGACAUCAGAAAUUACUGCACAUUUACAACCGACAGGUUGCGGGAAUCUCUGUGUCCAACUGAUUGAUUAUGCCCAGGCGCGGAAUGACUUGCUCUCGUUACCAACACAAAGUACAGUAUGGAUGAGCACAGCAAGCACAACGUAUGGAAUGUUUAGCGCUGUACCGGAGGACAAACAAAUACAAGACGAAUCUCCAAUCAAAGUACCAAAAACAAUCAAAAACGAGAUAGAAAGACAUGGGAUGAAGCAAGCUCAGAUAUUUGAUGCCAUUGCUCUUUGCGAAUAUUUCAUAUGGCUGGAAGAAAAUGUUCCCAAAGGUGUCGUGGAUGAAAUUACUGGAGCUAAUAAAAUUGCCAAUUUAAGGCGGAGCCAACAAGCUAAUAAAGGACUAAGCUUUGGUGCAAUCUCAGCGAGUGGCGCGAACGCUGCCUUGCCACAUUAUUCGACCUCCGAAGAUACAAAUAGAAACCUUACCCUGGAUGAAAUAUAUCUGUUAGAUUCAGGUGGACAUUAUUUUGAGGGUACAACAGAUAUAACACGAACCUUGCAUUUCGGCACACCAUCAGAUUUUCAGAAGGAAACAUUUACACGAGUUUUGAUGGGAGUAAUCGAUAUUGAAACUGCUGUCUUUCCUGAAUAUUUGGAUGGCAACGAUAUCGGUAUUUUGGCAAGACAGCCCCUUUAUGACGUGGGAUUGGAUUUCAACCAUGGUAGCGGCCAUGGUAUUGGACACUAUUUGGGUAUACAUGAGUACCCGCCCGGAAUUGGAACGUCAGGAGCCGCCGGAUACCCAUUGCAAGUUGGUAUGUUCACAAGCAUAGAACCAGGUUAUUAUCACGAUGGUGAAUUUGGAAUACGACACGAGAAUAACAUAAUGGUUACUUAUGCAAACACAGAGUAUCAAUUCGGAGAAUAUCAGUAUUUAACAUUUGAAUCGGCAACCCUGGUUCCUUUCCAAGCUAAAAUGAUUGAUUCGGACCUACUUAGUGACAAACAGUUAAACUACUUGAAUGAUUACCACGCCAAAGUCCUAGAAAAGGUUGGCGCCGAAGCAAAGAAGCAAGGCAAACAAGAAGUUUAUGAUUGGUUAACAAAGGCCACUAAACCAAUAUCACGUAACGGGGCUGGGAAACUUACAAGUUCAUUGUAUUACACAUCCAGUUUUUUUGUGUUAUUGAUGCUUAAAUAUUUAUCUUAUUGAGUAUUUUAAGUUUACUAAUUUUCAAAUUAGAUGGAAAUUUGUUGAUUUAUUGUCGUUUUGUUCAGCGCAGUGGUUCAUUAUUGCAUGUUACUCUAUAGCUCUGUGGCCGCAAACUUUAUGCAAUAUUGGGCCAAAUAUACACAUUUGCGGUAGUGUGCGGGCCGCAUUGACUUUUCGACGUUUUCCAUCCAUUUUCAAAUUUUAAAUAUCAAGCUGAACUUAACUGAUGAUAACAAAUAAGACAGUAGAAAGCACGUUCGGAGAGCGAACUACAUACAACUAACAUGUGCUUUCGCUUACUUACUACAAAGGAAACGCCGUACAGAAGCCAUCGUUACGACAUAAAUCAGAGUGCAGCUAAUAAUUAGGCCCGCGGGACGCAGUUUGCCGACCCUUGCCUAGCUCAUACCACCCAAUUGGAGCUAAGAUCUGAAGACCCGAGCCUGAAAUGUCAACCAUU